GUGUCUGUUUGUUGUGGUUGCGUCGUCGUCGUCGACGUCUCUAGCAUUGUUUGGGUUGUUAGCCAGUUUGUAGUGUAUCCAACGAACAGUUGUAUUCGUCUACGUCGGUUUGUCGGACAUCGAAAGAACGAACGAGCGCAUGUCGAACUUUCACUUAGUGCUUCCGUCCGUUUCAAAACUUAACGUUCGUUAUUUCUUGUUUUUAUUGGUGGUACAAAGUCAUUAACGAAAAAAAGAAGUUUCUUGUCGCUGCCGGUUAUUAUUAUUGUUGUUAAUAACAUAGGUGUCGUGAGUGCAACAUAACAUAUAACACAAAAAAAUUAAAUUAAAUAUAAUAUAUAACAACAACAACAAAAAUACAUAUCUUCCGAAUUAAAAUAGUAGAUUAUACAUAUGCAUGCAUUCAACAAAGUAUACGCACGCAUACAAUCACAUAUCAUCACCUCCCAUGUUCUUAUGUGAAUAGCUAUAUCCGAGAAAAAGUAUGAAUAAAUAACAACAAAAAGAAAAGAAAGAAUCAAAGAGAAUUAUUCAAAGCGUUGAGUAUUAUAUUGUGCGUGUGUGUGUGUGUGUGUGCUGUUUGUGAAUAUAUCCGAGAAGAAGAAAGGCCGCGAAAGAUACAAACAAAUAUUUGGGAUCUUUGUGUGAGGCGGCAGUGUUGGCGGCAUUUGUGUCUUCUCUUUUGCCAGCAGUCUAGUGAUAAAUCCAUUGAGCAGAGAGUGAGAGCGAGAGAGCGCGCUUUGUACAGUGUGUGAGUAAAUGAUCUCUACGUGUUGUGUUUAACCACAAGAAUAACGUGAAAAGACGAUGGCCAAUCAUACAACCAACUAAGUCAAGUUGAGCGGUUUUUCUGUUUAGAAUUUUCCUUGGCCAUUCUUAGCCACUAUUCUUGGUUAAUUGGUGUUAAAUGAAUUUGCGAUUAAAUCGUCCAGUUGUAAUGCUACAAGAAGAAAAGAGAAACUAUUGAAAAAAUAUUUCAAAACAAAAAAUCUUAUAAGAAAAAUAAUUAUUUUACGACAACAAUUGCCACUCAAUUUCAUAACAUAAGUCAUACAGUUCCUGUUUGUUGUGCUCAUCCUUUGUUAAGGUGGUGGCGUCACUCCUUUAAACCGGAAUUCUUUGUUCUCUCUCUCCCCAAGUGGGUGCGUGUUUGUUGUUCGAUGGCGCUUCAAAUGACAUACGACUCAUGUUCAUUUCUUAGAAUCUUUGCCCGCUAAAGUUUCAAUACCCAACAAAGCCAAUAACGUUCGAAAAAAAUCAAAAUAAACAACAACAAAAAUAAAACGUCAAAACAAAAAAAAAAAAAAAAAAAAUGCAUUUCAUGACCGGCUGGCUGGCAACAAGUUGUUUUUAGUUGGUUUUCUGUUGCUUCUUUGUGAAAUAAAAACGCAAAACACGGGCGCGAUUAUCUGGUUGGGGUUUUCUGAAGCUUCUCAUCAUACAUCAAACUAAUGUUUAUAUUGCCAUAACAACAACAACAACACUAUCGACAACAAUACAAAACAAUAAUAAUUACCAUUUAAAAGAAACAAGCCCAACAGCAUUUUGUGUUUCAUAAUCGUUUUCGGAAUGUUAGUGCUAUGGAAUUCUUAUUUGGCCGAAUCGUGAACUAAACGUUUAGGCAUUUCAAAUUAGCAGAACACCAUAAUCGUUUUUAUUUAAAGUAAAAAAACAAAGUCUGUCAUGGUCUAAGCUUCCAAUGUCAAUGUCAGCCCUGAAAAAUAUUAUAAUUACAUUCUAAAAAUUUGAAAAGCCUUCACAAAGCGUUGAAGCAAAAAAUCAAUUACAAUAAUUUUUGGAAAAAAACGAAAGAAAGCAGCAACGAAGUGCCAUCUGUUACCCGAAUUUCAAUUAGAGGUCAAGAAUAAAAGAAACGAGCCAAUAAUAUAAGAAAUCAAUAAAUUAUCAAAAAAAAACAAAAAAAAAAAAAAAAAAAAAAGAAGAAAAACAAACGAAACCAUUGGAAAUUGUUUUAUAAGCUACAACAACAAACGAAUUUAUUUAACACCCAAAAAACAGAAAAAGCAUAUCAAGAAGGAAAGCAAUUUAUAAAACAUAUCCGUUUCAUUGCUGAGAGAGAGAGAGUGUGCGAAGUUCUAUUUGCUGUCCAUUUUCGUUAACGUCAACCCAAACCCCAUAUCUCUUGUGUGUGUGUGUGUGUGUGUGUGGCUAUCUGUGCGUUUCUUUACUGCUGCCUACCAACCACCACCACUCCAACCGCCCUGUAUAUGAGCUCUCGUCGCAAGUCCACCGGUCUCAUAUGGCAUCUGCGAAAAUCUCUCUAUACGCGUAGUACGAAAAAAAUGAAAACAAUUUCAUGAUACUAUAAGUGGUCGGAAUCAGUGAUAUUAAAUUAUUUAAAAAUGCCUUCAACACCGUACGAUUUGGUGCAGGACGAUCAGGAUUUGAGGGUGCCAUUGCAUGCCGAACAGGCCUUCUUCAAUGGCAUAACAUUUCAAGCUAAGUUUGUGGGUUGGGAGGAGGUACCCCGCCCAAACACACGUGCUGAGAUUGUACAGGCCAUGCGAAGAAUUCGGUACGAAUGCAAAGUCCAAAAUCUGAAAAAGCGCAAAGUUACCAUACACAUUUCCGUUAAUGGAGUUCGCGUGGUUCUGAAAAAGCGAAGGAGAAAAAAAAAGAAUUGGACCAAUGAUUGCGAGGAAAUUGAAUUACUAAAUCAUCCCAUCUAUCGAAUAUUUUAUGUGUCCCACGACAGCAGUGAUCUCAAAAUAUUUAGUUAUAUUGCCCGAGAUGCCAGUACGGACACAUUUAAAUGUUCGGUUUUUAAAAGUCAUAAAAAGUCUCAGGCCAUGCGCAUUGUACGCACCGUUGGACAGGCUUUUGAAGUAUGUCACAAAUUUAAUAUACACAAAAAUUCCCUGGAUCAUACAGAAGAACGUUCCGAUAUCUCGUCGUCAGAGCUACUGGAUGUUGAGACGCGUUCCGAACAGCAUGUCAGCGAUGAUGAUCUUCACAACAAAAAAGCUGUAACACCGGACUUAAAUGUACCCCAAAGGCCCAAUCAUUUGGAAUUGAUACCGCAAACGAAUCUCAGUAAAUCUGGAAGUUUAAUGACCGAUGAAGAUAAAUCGCCGACAUCGCCCUCUUCACCCAGUCGUGAAAUUAACAAGCUGAAAGAUCAAUUGGAACAACAGGCCAUGCAAACGCGCCAUGCCCUAACGCAACUAAUGAUGGUAAGGGAACAAUUGAUAUCGGAAACAAAUGCUCGAAUUGAAGCUCAGGCUCGUACACAACAAUUGUUACAACAAAACCGUGAACUACUGGAACAUUUAGCCUCGUUGGGUGCAUACAAUGAGCAGCAGGCGCCUGGUCUAACCACAGCCAAUAUAGGAAUGGCACCACAGAAUCAUCUACAAAUGCUACUGCAGGCCACAGCCGGUAAUGCCAACAAUAAUUUGGCCACCAUUAAUCAGCAAAUUAAUAAUUUGGGUACAAUUAAUCAACAACUAACAUCGCUCAGUCAUCAGCUAAGCGGUCUCAAUCAACAAACACAAAAUCUGCAAAAUUUUCAACAACAGCAGCAGCAACAACAAACACCCACAUCGGCAUCAUCGUUGGCCCAACAACAACAAGCAAAUGCCCUACAAACGCCAACAUCAUCAUUUAGUCAAUCCCAAUUACAUCUGAAUGUUUCGGCUGCAAAUACUGGAAAUCUGACAACCAACACAUUGUCCUCCAGCCCCUUUCCAUCCAUGAAUCAAUUACAAAAUAUUACAUCACAGCUACAACAACUAAGUGCUUCACCAAACGUCCAGCAGCAGCAGGAGGCCCUGUCCAAAGAUCUGUUUCAGGUCAAUCAAGAGCUAUUGAAUCGCCUACAAGCUUUAAAUUUGGGAGCCAGCGGAGCAUCGUCGGCUGCCCUGGCGCUGCCGAAUGGUGGUGCCACAACACCCUCUUCCUUCUUCUAUGUCAAUCCCAUGUCAUGCAGUCCAUCCAACAAUAACAACAAUGCCAGUAGUAAUUAUAAUUUCCUAAGCACUCCCACACCCAGUUCUAUGGGCAAUUUGACGCCCUCACCCAUGGGCACCCUGAAUCGCAAUUCUUAUUCCAAUUCGCCGUUAACCCUGAAUGAUGAAAUACAAUUGAGUUUGGAUAAAAAUCUCAAUACGCUCGAUGAACAUCUGAUGAAGCCAUUCAACCACAAUCUAACACAAUCUGUGUCGAAUGGUAAUAUAGCCGGAACGGGUGGCGGCGGUGGCGCUGGAGGCGGAGGAUCUAGAGAAAACAGUCGCUCGUCAUCAACGGUGGAUUCACCGCUAUCACAAAUGGUGCGCAGUACAUCAAAUUUAAAUAGUCACGCCAGCAACAACAACAUCGAUAUGAGUCCAUCAUCAUCCAAUUCGCCGCGUUACAAUACGGUUACGUUGAAAGUAACCGACGAGGCGGGUAACGUGACGAAUCAACGUAAGCUCUCGGCCACGCCCAGUUUCAUACAACGCAGUACCAGCGAAAAAGUACCAAAUCGCAGUCAAAUUAUGAGUCAAGUGCAGAGAACUGCAUGGGCCAGACAUACAACUAAAUAACAAUGGGAGAUAUUUGAGUAGUCGGAGGGUUAAGUAAAAAACAAUAAAAGAACAACAAAAACCAAGACGAAAUACGAAAAGCUGAUAAAAUAUUUGAUGGUUGAGAGGGAAAACUUAAGAAUCGGCAAAGUUUUGUGGUGUUUGAGGUAAAGGAUAACAAAUGUACACAGCACAGCAUGGCAGAUUCGAUUAAAUGUAUAUCUUCAGGUAGCCUUUAAGUUUUUUUUUUUUUUUUUUUUUUUUUUUUGUUUACAGAUACUUGGAUUGGACAUGAGUUUCAAGGUCUAUAAACAGGUCACACAGAAACCGAUUUAUUAAUGUAUUACCAAUUUUAAUGUUUAAUCCUCUCUGCCACAGUGAAGAAGAUAUUUCGCCUCAUUUCAACUAAAUUUAUUUUUAAUCCACAUAAAUCAAUGACUUCAGGUAUCCUCACAAUAAAUAAUAGAGUCGCAUCAAAUCACACGAACGUGGAGGCCAAUUCACCGGCCCCUUUCACGGAAGAAUGUUGUUGUUGAAAUGUUCUUUCAAUAAGUCAAUUAUUUCGCCCUCAGAGUGGCAAAGUGACAACCUCCUAUUGAAACCACAUUUCAUUUACAUCCGUAUCUUAAAGUGUUGGAACCAUCAUUGAUGAUGCUCCGAAAUGCUGCCAGAACAUAACAAGAGCGUGAAAUUCGCUCGAAUUCGAUCGGGAGUACAGACCAAAAAUAAGAAUACUUUUUUUCGAUAUCAAUCGAUUAAUAACGAAUAUGAUCUUAUCGUUUUCCAGAGUGCGAAAAGUUCGCUCGAAUUCGAGCAGAGACUACUCUUGCCGAGCACUACUUUAGGUUAUGACAUACCGUUGUCGAAUUUGUAAGUAUGUGUAUUCUCUCAGCCCACAUCUGUAAAUGCAAGAAAACCAAGCUCUAUUUCGAGUACUUCGACUACCAAUUUAAACUUUGAAACAGGAGUACAUUUCGUAUUAAUCUCGUCACUUCGAGCAAGUUUCACUCGCGUGUAAAAAGAGUAAAUUUAAAGUACCCUUUGGUCUUUGUGCAUUUGAGUGUAAUAUGCAAAAUAAAAUAGCCCUAUUGUUUUUUAUACCCUCAUACAUAUGGCUACCGAGGGUAUAUAUCAUUUUAUACUGCCAUAAAACCGAAUUAACGGUUUUAGAGCCUAGAUCUCUUUGGACCAAAUCUAUUUCAGGACAUAUGGAGUCGAUAUAGGGGUAUCCGUCUGUCGCUCUGUCUGGUUGGUGUGCACAAUAGCUCUCGUAGGGAGUAUCCGAUUGAUAAUAUUACAGUCAAACUUAGAUCGUGUUUGGAGAAGGGCAAUAUCGGUCUACUCCUUCUGGUAUUAAUUUACCUAAUAGAACAAGAAAGGAUCAUCCAAUAUUGUUCAAAAUUAGUAAAUCCCAAUAUUUGUAUCAUUGCUAUGACAGGUGCCAAAAUGGACAAUAUCGGCCCACUCCAUCAUGUACCUCCCCAACAAAGUUUCAAAAUUUUCAAUAAUUAUUACUUUCAUAAAAUGCGAAAUAAGCAUCUAAUUCUCUUCAAAUUUCACACAUUUCAAUAUUUUAAUAACACAAAAUGAGAUCGAAUCUCUCCUACUGGCACCUCCCCCCAACGUGUCAAAAUGUUGAAUUGUUCUAUCUCUCUUUAAAUGCGAAACAAGCAUCAGAUUCUCUUUGAAGUUCACACGUUUUAAUAUUUUUUCCAACAAAAUAUGUGGUGUGAAGAUGGGAUAUAUCGGAACUCUCUUUCGGGCACCUCCCCUACAAUGGGUUACAAUUUUUAAUAGUUAUGGCUCUCAUAAAAAGCAUAAUAAGCAUAGUAAAUAGCAUAAUAAGCUGACUCUCUUUAAAUUUCACACAUCGCAAUAUUUGUACUAACGCAAGAUCUGGCGCGAAGAUGAUAGAUUUCGACCUACCCCUUCUGGUACCUCUCCCAAAAUGGGUCACAAAUUUAAAUACUUAUAUCUCUCUUAAAUUGCGAAUCAUGUCAGCGAUUAUUUUAAAACUUUUCACGUUCAAAAGUUUCUCUCAACCAGAGAUGUGAUGUGAAUAUGUAAUUUCUAGACUCAUUCCUUUUCGUACCUCUCCCACAAAAUGUUGAAAUUUUCAUUAACAGUUAUUACCAUAAAAUUGAUAAUAAAUGUUUGAUUUGCCUUAAAUUUUGCAAAUCCCUCAAUAUUAAAAUGUGGAAUACCUCGCUGCACCAUAUCAGGUCAUAUGAGUUCUCUCCUUCGAUGCCAGUUUUAUCUUUUGAAUAGUAUUGUUGCACAAUAACUUCAUUCGCCCCAAAUUUCUGAAAAAAAUCGUUCAUAAUCAGCAAUACUUGAGCAAAAGCGUAGCCGAGGGGCAAAAUCAAAUUUCUGCUCUUCUACAAAUCCAGGCGUUUCAAAUGAGUGUGCUCAAACUGCUCAUGAA